UAUUAUCUUUUUGUCUAUGGUAGUUGCACAAUUCGCCUGUGAUCGAAUAGGUUAGAAUUUCUUUUUGGGAAAUCUGUUGAAAUAGUUAUUUUAUUGCAUUUUUUAGAAAGUUUAUCAAUAAUGGCUCAAAGCAAGCUGAACGACAUGGCUGGGAAGUUUGCUAAAGGUGGGCCACCUGGGCUAAGUAUCGGAUUGAAACUUGUAGCAGUGGUUGGUGCGGCGGCCUAUGGAGUCUCGCAAUCGUUGUUUACCGUCGAGGGUGGUCACCGUGCCAUAAUGUUCAACAGGAUUGGCGGCGUGCAGCAAAUCGUCAUGAGCGAAGGUCUUCAUUUCCGCAUACCUUGGUUCCAAUACCCCAUCAUUUACGAUAUUAGAUCACGACCCCGCAAGAUUUCAUCACCGACCGGAUCCAAAGAUUUACAAAUGGUCAACAUUUCUCUACGAGUGCUGUCGCGCCCUGAUGCUAGUCAUCUGCCCGUCAUGUAUCGUCAGCUCGGAACGGAUUACGAUGAAAAAGUUUUACCUUCCAUUUGCAAUGAAGUUCUAAAAUCAGUUGUUGCCAAAUUCAAUGCCUCACAGCUCAUCACACAACGUCAACAGGUCUCCUUGCUGAUUAGGCGUGAGCUUGUCGAACGGGCUGCUGAUUUCAACAUCAUUCUUGAUGAUGUUUCUCUCACAGAGUUGAGUUUCGGUAAAGAAUACACUGCUGCUGUUGAAGCGAAGCAGGUGGCCCAACAAGAGGCUCAGCGUGCUGCUUUUGUUGUGGAAAGAGCAAAGCAGGAGCGUCAACAGAAGAUCGUCCAGGCUGAGGGAGAAGCCGAAGCUGCUGAGAUGUUGGGUAAAGCCAUGGGCAUGAACCCUGGGUACCUGAAACUGCGUAAGAUCCGCGCCGCUCAGAGUAUCUCCAGAAUGAUUGCUCAAUCUCAGAACCGUGUCUUCCUUCCUGGCAACAGCCUGAUGAUCAACCUUCAAGACCCCACCUUCGACGACCUCUCAGAGAAACUGACUAAGAAGAAGUAACAAUCAGCCUCGGUAGAGUGUGUUGAUGGCAUUGAAGCGGUAACCACUCUGACCGAGCAAGAAGCUGCUGUAAUAAUCAGUGGUGCCUCUUCAGUUGCAGUUUAGCAUUGUCUGUGUUUCGAGCAUUUCACAAAUUGUAAAAAGCGAAGUACAUAAUUAUGCUAUUUACCCUUAAUGUUGCAUUUUAUGUUAUUUAGUUGUAGGUCUAUAGAGUGUAUGGGAAUCAGAUGAUUUAAAUAAAACAUCUAAUUAAAACAUCACUAUUUUAUUUCAAUACCCGUCAUUGAAAAGAAAUACAUGUAAGUCAAUAGCUUGAUGAAUCAUAUAAAAUUUAAUUGCAUCACACUAAUUUUCCAAUUAGAGAAUCAUUGUUGUUUACAUCUUACAGGCUUGGUUGAGAAGUAAUGGGAUAGUAGUAUUUACGUCUACAAUAUGUAUGUAUAAUGUUGUUCCUAUCAUAUUAGAUUGCAAAAUUAAAAACAAGAUACAAACAAUUUAAUUUAUUACAGUCACUAAUUAACAAUAAACUAAUGCAGUACAAUAGAAUUCAUUCAUUGCUUUUUGAGAGCGGAUGGUUGCGGUAAUCUGAACUUGGACAUCUCAAUUUCA